AUUAAAGGGCCGAGCGGCGGCUCAGACCCGCCCCUCUCAUUCAGCUCGGACGCGUCUCCCAGCAGCUGUGUCCAAGAUGACGGCCAACAGCAGGUACAGGAGCCGGGCGCCCCGGACAGAUGAUGGAGAGGAAAAAGAGUAUGUUGGUUUUGCGACGCUGCCUAACCAGGUGCACAGAAAGUCAGUGAAAAAAGGCUUCGACUUCACCCUCAUGGUGGCAGGUGAGUCGGGACUGGGUAAAUCCACUCUGGUCAACAGCCUUUUCCUCACUGAUCUUCAUAAAGACAGAAAGCUGCUCAAUGCUGAGGAACGCAUCAGGCAGACCGUGGAGAUCACAAAGCACACAGUGGACAUUGAGGAGAAGGGGGUGAAGUUGAAACUCACAAUUGUGGACACCCCAGGAUUUGGAGAUGCUGUCAACAACACAGAGUGCUGGAGGCCCAUCACGCAGUAUAUCGACCAGCAGUUUGAACAGUACUUCAGAGAUGAGAGCGGCCUCAACAGGAAGAACAUCCAGGACAACAGAGUGCACUGCUGUCUCUACUUCAUCCCCCCAUUUGGACAUGGGCUUCGACCUGUUGAUAUAGAGUUCAUGAAGGCCCUGCAGGAUAAAGUUAACGUGGUUCCUCUCAUCGCUAAGGCUGACUGCCUCACUCCCCUUGAGAUAAAGAAACUCAAAGAGAGGCUGAGGGAAGAGAUCGAUAAGUAUGGGAUAAAAAUCUAUCAGUUCCCAGACUGUGACUCGGAUGAGGAUGAAGAGUUCAAGCAGCAAGAUAAAGAUCUGAAGGAGAGCACUCCGUUUGCUGUGAUCGGCAGCAACACUGUGGUGGAGGCUCGAGGUCAGAGGGUGAGAGGGAGGCUCUACCCCUGGGGCAUUGUGGAGGUGGAGAACCCGUCUCACUGCGACUUUGUGAAGCUGAGAACCAUGCUGAUAAGAACCCACAUGCACGACCUGAAGGACAUCACCAGCGACUGUCACUACGAGAACUACAGGGCUCAGUGCAUCCAGAACAUGACUAGUAAGAUGAAUGCAGAUAAGCGUGUGGAGAGCCCCGUCCCCAUCCUGCCGCUGACUGCACCAGACGUGCAGGCAGAGAAACUCAUCAAAAUGAAAGAUGAGGAACUGAGGAGGAUGCAGCAGAUGCUUCAGAAGAUGCAGCAGCAGAUGCAUGAGCAGGAACUGUGACGGCUCACCUCUCCUGUAGCAUCUCUGACCCCCCCCCAUAGCUUUUACUGAGGGGGUGGUAAUCCCUCACUGAUGCCAUGUUUUUAGGGGAUGAGAUGAAUAAAUCUUUAGUGUCAAUAUUUCACCCAAUUCUUAAAACACUGGUCACAUAGAGUACAGUAGAUGAAUGACAGCAUGUUUUUGGCAUUUCAUGAGUGCAGUCAUUAGCCAAGUGAGUCUUGGUAGGCGAUAGGGAAUAGCUUACACUUUGUUACCUUUAGAUCACAGUAGUUUUACUUGAAAUACUCCAUGUGACUGAUGCACCCUGCCCUCAGUUAAUUAAGUAGUUAUUGCACUGAUUGUGGUGUAAGUGUGGACUGACAGCUGCUGAUAGUAUGUGUUAUUAUGCUGAUUCGGGAUGUGGCGUUUCCCUGUAACUGUCAGACGUUGGGGAUGACUGUGUGUGGAAAUGAAAGCUGGCUGGAGAAACAUGCCUCUGUUUGAGGCUCAAUAAGCUGCUUAAUCAGAUCUAAUAUAAUCAGUGUGCUGAUCAGGAGUCAAUUUAGCUAAUGACCUGGUAGUCUAAUGACUAGUUUCCCAUAAGUACUGUAAACGUACCAUAAAGUACUGACUUAGUAUUUAAGUGGACAAGCUGAUGCUUUUGAAUGGGUUUCUCCUGAAGGCAGAGACCUUUGGAGUGAGCGCGGAGCUCUGGGAGGGGACACUGCAGCAUUGGUUUAACCCUUUCUUCAUAUACUCUAUGCUUUAUGAUCAGCAGUCGAGGUGCACUGUAAUAAUCUAGGCACCGAGUUUUAAGAAGGAAGAAGAAUGUGCAGACCCAAAAAGAUCCAUCAGCAGUCCAACACUGUCAAAGGGGACCUGCUAUUAUUUCUGUUGCAGUGCUGGUAUAUGGUUGAUGCUCACAUUAAACAUGAGCUCUGAAUGAAGUCACUGAGAGUGGAUUUUCCUAAUAUGGUCAUCUCUUUCACACACAGCUCUGUGAACCCCACCUACCUGGCCCACCUGUCAAUCAUGCACAGCCGCAGUAGCUCUGUUAGAGCCUAUAAUAAAAACAAAGCUGCAAAUAGGGUCUCUUUUAAGGAUUGCAUGGCAGAAUUAGCUGGUGAUAUGCAAACAAGAUUAUGCUUUUUAAAAUGCAUGCAUCUAUUUAAAGGGGACAUAAUAUGAAAAAUUCACUUUUUACAUUUUUGAAUUGAAUAAAGUGUAUCCAGUGUUUCUACAGACCCCACAUAAUGAGAGAAGACCGUCUCCCCUUGGUUUCUUUCUGCAGAUGAUGAACUUUGAUUUGCAGCAUCAAAACAAGUUGAGCUCUUCAGCUGAGUGAGCACAGAGUGGCCUGCAGCAAGUCUAAAAGGUCUCAGGCACAUGCAGAGCAUGCUGUGUUCUCAUGAGUGUUCGUGCAGUCCUGGCCGUGACAGCGCGCUGCACGUGAUGAAGGUUACCAUUAAUUAAGCCACUGCGAUGUAGAACCUGCUGAGGGAUGCUCACAAACUGACUCUGAGAACAAUUUGAAAGUAAUAAGUGUUUGCGGGUUAUCAGGUAAAUUCCUUUUGCAUUUCAGUGCAAGCUUGUUUCUAUUUUGUAUUUAAUAGGACUGUUGCAGUAUCAGAUUUCAUUUCAUGGUUAUUGUGAUCCCAGUGUUGCAGUGUCUAUAGAAGGUCUCAGAACAAUGAUAAUAAUAACAGCAAUAAUGCUAUCAGUCAGAUUCAUCUGGAACUUUGUUUUAUGUGUGUUUUUUUAUGGGCAAAUGCAUUGAACUCUGAAUAUGAGUGCAUGGAGCUGGUGAGAGCUUAACCACAACUGUACAGAAAUAUUUAAAAAGCAUCACAUCAGAGCCUCUGACGUCCUGUCCUUCAGAGCUUUCACAUUAUGGGCUAAAUGUCUGGAACAGCAAACUGGAAAACCCUGCAGAAGAUUAGAAAUCAGCUCAUUCUACCUCACUGUAAACGGUAACAUGUAACUAAUUCUUAUAACAAAAGUACAGCAAACAUGAGCGAGGCCAGAGGACAGCGUUUCAGUGUGUUGGGCUGUGCAGAAACAUUACGGGAAGAGGUCAAAGAAAUUCCAAUAAAACCAAAGGUUCCUAUCCAAAAGAAUAUAAUCAGAAUAAGAACAUAUAUUUGGCUAAACCUCAGUCUUUUAAAACUAUAACACUAAUGGUGUUAUUAACAAACAAAAUCUCAUAGACCAGCUGGAUAAAACAAGUGAUGGCAGAAGGGAUAGCGUGAAUAUUAAAGGGGAAGUCGGGAGCUUGGCUCAGGGUUAGGGUGGCAUUAUUUUAUUGGUUAUGUCUCCUGAACUGAGGAUUUUUAUGCAAACGUGUUUUUGAUUUUGAGGAAUGCUGUGUUGUUUGGUUGGUUGUUUUUCUGUUUGUUUGUGUCAUUUGCGCAGCUGUUUAUAAUACUGUCAUAUGUGCAUUUUAUUUUUAACAUGAUUAUCAUCCAUACAGGGUUAUGGUGACACCCUCAGUGUGUACCAGUCAUUAAUGCUUGUUACAGUCACCAUGUCAGGGGUUUGAAAAUGCAAGACUGUAGAAACUAGUUCCUGAUUCAACAUUAUUCUAGAUCCUGUUUUUAUAAAGAAACUCAUAACCCAACAACGUGUUAGCUUUAUUAUUAUUAUUAUUAGUACAUUUUUGUUUAUACACGCAGCCCUUUUCAGAAAUAGUGUGACGUAGUGAUUUGCAGUAA